AGCUUCAUUUUUUCCGGGUAGCCUAAUGACUAGACAUGGCGGAGGAAGGUUCGGGUACCGGAGCCAAAGCCUCUCCAACAGCCGUAGAGAUGCAGCUUCACCGCCGCCGGCAGGAGCUGGAACACUUCAGAAUAAACGCAGCGCGAAUACGUAGCAGGAACCUGCUGACCGGCCUGGGGAUCGGAGCGUUCGUGGUCGGCAUCUUCAGCUACACAAUCCUGUCGGUCAAACAGGAGAGGAUCGUGGAGGAGCUGGAUGAAGAAGCGAGGAUCCACAUCACCAGAGGACCAAGGACUGGUGCCAACUCCUGAUCAUGAACGUCCCUGGACUUAAAACUAUGAUUACAGUAGCUCUCUGUGCAGGGAUCUUGACUAAGAGAAACAUGCAAGCAUGCAUUACUGAUUUAUUUUUCUACACCUUUUAUUUCUGGAAAUGUAUAAAGUCUGCUGAUAAAUAUUUAGUUUCUCUUAUUUUGAACAUACAGUUAACAUGUUAAUGUAGAAAUUAACAUAUUGCUGACAUCAGUGAUACAUGUACGUUCUGAAUAAAUGUCCAAUUUUGAAA